CGCCCUUUUUUUUUUUUAGCUACACAGUUAAUCGCAUGUGGAAGUUGAACGGACGACGUGGUUAGCAAGAGUAGACUAGGCGAGGGCUGUUUUGCAAACUACAAAACGGCGUUUUCGAUUUAUUUCGUUUUAUUUAUGGUUGUUAAUUUUGUAAUUUCAAAAUUAGUAUUUGAAAAUGUCCCAUACAGUAGUUACAACGACAACCACCACAACGUCGACAUCUGAUGGAGGUAUUCUAAACAUUGGUUAUGCACGGACUGUUCAGGGUUUACUCAAAAUCGCUCAAGUGGUUGUACUGCUUAUUGCAUUCCUGUGUGUCCACUGCUCUUCUGCAUGGACAGACUACUCCGCCUUCCGUUACUUUGAGGUGGUCACUCUGUGGUUCCUCAUUGCCUUCCUUAUCUUCUUCCUGAUGUACAUCUUCAGGCUCCAGAGCAAGAUCCCCUGCAUCAACUGGACCCUGACGGAGUUUUUGCAUUAUGCCGUGGGGACAAUCCUAGUCUUCAUUGCAUCUAUAGUGGCUGCAGUGAAGUGUGGCCAAAUUUCUGCCCUUGUCGCCGGAUCGGUGUUUGGCUUCAUUGCUACUUUUUUACUUGCAGUCAGCAUCUGGAUGUCCUACAAGAUCACAUGUGGGUCCCAGCCAACAGGUGCAGCUGUGUAGGAACAAAAUUUUCAUUUAUCUGCUUUUUAUUUCUAUCUGCAUUUUAGGAAUGUUGGACAUGUUUGUCAUUUGUUUUGUUUAUAAUUGCCUUAGCAAAAAAGUGUUACAUUAGGAUCCUGGCCAGGAACCAGCAGGACCCCAUGCCACAGUAUUUAUCUCAGUAUUAGCUGUUACACGCAGGCUUGUGUUCUAGGUUGGCCAGUGGAUUUAGUUUGAUUGGGUGUAGUUGUAAGUAUAUUUUUUGCGAAAAAAGCUUUAAUUGUGUAUAUUCUGGUAUUGCCAAUGAAUAUUUGACACUGAUGUGUUACGAGGACUUAUGUAUCAAAAGCUUAAGCUUAAUAACUUAAGUAUGUUUCUUGGUGUAAUCAGUUGAUAUAAGUCAUUUGAGACAUAUUCGCACCUGUAUUUAAAAAGGCACAAUUCCUUUUUUUUUUUAGAUUGGCUAUGUGUCAGAAUAGUGUUUAUGUUUUAGAAAAAAUAAUGUGCCUUUCACAUUCAGUGAUAUAAAACCAAAAGAUUUUGUUUGCCAUAUUUUACAUUUUAUUUCAUAUUAAAAUGUGAGCUCUCAUA